CGCCGCUUUCCGUGUUUCCCAUCAUCCCAAACUGCGCUGACCAAGCCGGGUUUGCGUCAUGUCAGCGGCGAAGCUGGAGAAGAAGAUCUGGAACUUGGAGCUGCGGCUCAGGGAGGAGUUCCAAAUGGAGCUGCAGAAGGCCUUUGCGAAGAUCGAUUAUUUGGAAGCUCAGCUGUCCGGACACACCAGCGACGUGGACAAGGCCGACCUGAAGGCGCCUUCGGCUUUGCCGCCCUUGCGCUUCAGCAUGCCCAGUGCGCAGGAGAUGCGCACCAGCGUUCGCAAGAGCCGCGUGACCGUAGUCCCCGUGGACGAGGCGCUGGACGUCUCGGACGGCGACUCGGAGGUCUCGGUGCGGGCGGAGCGCUGGGUACCGCUGGAGCCCGUGGCCUUCCUGGAGUCCACGUGGAACCUGGUCCUGGUCCUGGGCUUCACCGAGGCGGGGUGGCUGGACAUUGCGAUCGCCUGUUUGAUGCUCCUGGUGAGCGCCGGCCUCCAGAUUACCUUUGCGGUGAUCUUGAUGGGCCAGGAUUUCCUGGGGAACCCCUUCGUGGCGGAGAUCCAGGCGGCGCAGGCCUGGCGCCAGAAGGUGGCCCACGACUACAAGCACAUGGACCUGGCGAUGACCAGUCUGGUCUCCCGCGUGUGCAACCAGGACAAUGGCCUCAUUGUCUCUACCAACCAGGCCUCCUUGAUCAGCCAGAUCAACUCCUUUUUAGGUCUCGGGACCACCGAGUUCAAUCCCGCAGGCCUGCGCCCUGGGAUCCUGCUGUGCAUGCUGUGCAUCCUGCUGUGGUGCCUGUACCUUUGCCACGAGUUCCGGGCCAUUUUCAUCUCUUUGGAAGCAGUCGCGCAAAUCCCGCGGAGCUGGGAGACCAAGUUCAAGGACGGGCGCUUUCUCUCCAUGUCCUACCUCCGCUUUGUUUCCUACGUCCUCGCGCGCCUGGCACGGGCCACCAUCGCGGGACUGUUGCUCUAUGCGGGGAUUGUGUGGCUGGCCAACACCACCUCGAUCUCCGAUUUGAUGCUCAACGCAGUGGCGCUAGGAGCCGUGCUGGACGUGGACGAGAUGUUCUUUGCUGCCUUAGUGCCAAAGAAGAUCCAGAUCAAGAUUCAAGACUUGGAAGCGAUCAAGAUCACCUACAGCCGAGGACGCAGCCAAGUGGAGUCCGUGCUGCUCGUGCUGGCGAUGACAGGCCUCAUGUUAUGGCCCUGGUUUCAGCUCGUAGAGCCCCUUGGGGCGGCCAUGCAGACAGUGAAGAUCGAGUACUGCGGGGGCAACCAAGACUUUGUGAUCGGGCUCAAUGAGAACCAAGGUGUGCCGGUUGGGUUGAGGACGCCCGCCUACAACGCCUCUUCGGCCGCGAGUCUCACGGAGAUCGCGGUGUCGAACUUUGCGCAGGCAGACGACAGCUCCAGCCCCUGGAUCCGCUUCACGGAUACCGCCCAGGAGUUUGAGACACAGCGCACAGACACCAUGAAUACCCUCGCAGCAAGCAGCAGCUGGCGAGUGUGCAUGGACGUGGACCAGUGGUAUCUGGGCGGGGAAGUAGCUCCGCAAGACAAGCAGAACGCCAUUGCCUACGAGCCCUUCUGGUGGUCUACAGCCUCUGGCCUGGGUUGGAGCAACACCUCCACCUGCAGUAACAUGGCGAGUCUGUGCAACGGCGACGAUGCCCACUUGCUGCGGCUGGUCUGCCCGCAAACCUGCGGCUGCGAUGAUCAUCUCACCAGCCCUUGGUACCAGCUGCAAGUGCACGGCUGCCCGGAGCGCUGCGCGGAGACGGUGAGUGACGGGGUGGAGGCGGCGGCGUGCCAGGACCACGUGAACGAAAGCCAAAGCCUUUGGCAAGAGUUGUGGGACGACUACCCCGACGUCAUCGCCAGUUUUAUGGGCCUUCCGGACGCUGCCAAAGACCCCAACGUGCUGGGCAUAGCGAGCUUGAUGAAGAGCCAAGGAUGCUCAGCCUUGUCUAGCAAUGGCACAGAGCCCAUGACGGGGAUAGAGUUUUGCAGCGGCCACUCUUCGCUCUUCACGCCGCUGGCCUACCUAUGCCCCGUAAGUUGUGGGUGCAUGCCCAGCACAGCCCUGGAGAGCUGCCCGAUAGACUGCACCUGCACGGACAAUGAGAAGGAUCUACCCGACGAGCUUUAUCAAGACUGUUCGGAGGUGGUAGCGAGGGGGGACUGCACGGAGUUUGGCAUCGGAGUCCGCUACUGUCAGAGACAAUGCAACCUUUGCAACGUGAAGGUGCCGUGAGUGCGGUGAGGCGCUGGUACAUCCUGCACCUUCAUUUUAACACUUUGUUUGCUCGAUGUGGUUUGUCAAAAUUUGUCUUGCCGACUGAAC